UGUGCGCAUGUAUUCGAAGGCGCGUGGUAGUGAUGGCGGCGCUCAGUGAGACUUUCCUGUCACUGGAUACUACUACUCCCAACCUUCCUCAAAGCCGCCGGAGCAACCCCCAGGUCUUUAGUUUACAACUGGCAAUUUGACUUGCUCUGCUGCAUGUCUGGAGGGACCAAGGAAAGUGUGGAGACGCUCCAGGGAUUAGGUGAUCGGAGCUUGAAAAGAAAAAAAGCCAAACAAAUAAACAAAACCCACCCACCCUAACAAAUAUGAGGCUGCUGGAGAGAAUGAGGAAAGACUGGUUUAUGGUCGGAAUAGUGCUGGCGAUCGCCGGAGCUAAACUGGAGCCGUCCAUAGGGGUGAAUGGGGGACCACUGAAGCCAGAAAUAACUGUAUCCUACAUUGCUGUUGCAACAAUAUUCUUUAACAGUGGACUGUCAUUGAAAACAGAGGAGCUGACCAGUGCUUUGGUGCAUCUAAAACUGCAUCUUUUUAUUCAGAUCUUUACACUUGCAUUCUUCCCAGCAACAAUAUGGCUUUUUCUUCAGCUUUUAUCAAUCACACCCAUCAACGAAUGGCUUUUAAAAGGUUUGCAAACAGUAGGUUGCAUGCCUCCGCCUGUGUCUUCUGCAGUGAUUUUAACCAAGGCAGUUGGUGGAAAUGAGGCAGCUGCAAUAUUUAAUUCAGCCUUUGGAAGUUUUUUGGGCAUCGUUAUAACACCCCUGCUCCUGCUGCUUUUUCUUGGUUCAUCUUCUUCUGUGCCUUUCACAUCUAUUUUUUCUCAGCUUUUUAUGACUGUUGUGGUUCCUCUCAUCAUUGGACAGAUUGUCCGAAGAUACAUCAAGGAUUGGCUUGAGAGAAAGAAGCCUCCUUUUGGUGCUAUCAGCAGCAGUGUACUCCUCAUGAUCAUCUACACAACAUUCUGUGACACGUUCUCUAACCCAAAUAUUGACCUGGAUAAAUUCAGCCUUGUUCUCAUACUUUUCAUAAUAUUUUCUAUCCAGCUGAGUUUUAUGCUUUUAACUUUCAUCUUUUCAACAAGGAAUAAUUCGGGUUUCACACCAGCAGACACAGUGGCUAUCAUUUUCUGUUCUACACACAAAUCCCUCACAUUGGGAAUUCCGAUGCUGAAGAUCGUGUUUGCAGGCCAUGAGCAUCUCUCUUUAAUAUCCGUGCCCUUGCUCAUCUACCACCCAGCUCAGAUCCUUCUGGGAAGUGUGUUGGUGCCAACAAUCAAGUCUUGGAUGGUAUCAAGGCAGAAGAAACUACUCCAAACCAGGGGGCCACUGGCUAACUUGAAUAAUCCAGAAGGCUUGGAAUAUCUAUCCAUCAAAUUUGGGCAUUAAAAUAAAUACCAAGAGUCCAUCCUCCAGGUAUCCAUGAGUGCCUCCUCUGCUUUGCACACAGUACUGACUGAGACCCAAGGCUACCGUCUAGUGCACAGGGGAACCAUAUGAGUAGCCAGGCCAGGUGCGGGAGGGGGAAAUGACAGUCUGCUGGCCAGAGAAAUGGGCAGGGAAAUCUGUUUGUAUCCAGAGGUUUGGAUUAUUGGUUUUAUGAUGCCAUCUGGGUGGGCCUCUUCUUCCUUCUAGUAGCAUAAAUUAUCUGGUGUUAAUUGAUGCUUUCACUUUGCUCAUGGAUACUGUCCAACUCUGAACAUGUUUUCCUUCCUUGUAGGGAGUGAAGCUGACAAGGCCAACAGUAUAACAAAGGAGGUGGACUUUCUGUAGCAAUGUAUAUAUGUACAGGAUUGUACAUACUAGCAAUUCUGAAGACUUGUACUUGUGAAUGUUGCCUCAAUGCAUAUUUUAUUUUUUUACAUAAAAAUAUGAUAUACUUGUUUAAGUGCCUUAAAAUGUAUUUGACAAGAGCGUUAUUUCCAAAAUAUGCUUUGUUGAUUACUGCCAGGGGUGAUACAAUAUUUAGGGGUUAAUUUUUUUUUUUCCUAAUGCAGGAAUCAGUCAUGGUAAGUGACAAAAAGCAAACAUGCUUUCCCUGCAGCACCUUGGUGCAAUACAACCCUAUAAUAGUUACUGUAAUGUUUGAAAUGAGGUCACACCAUCAAGAAAAUGCCCUUCUGAUGACAGUGAAAAUUUCCAAAGUCUUAUUCACGCAUACUUUGAUUUACUGUGUGAUUCUUUUUUUCUACGACUGUGACAUGCCUCUUCCUUAUCAACUCAGCGGGGGUCAUAGAUCGAAUAGAUGCUGAAAAGCGUAAGAUAUAUGCAUUCCUUGACAUCAUUUUUAAAGACAUUCCUUCAAAUAGUUUCCACACAGAAAUUUCUCAGUCCCAUUAUGAGAGAUUGUGGCAUUAUAUGUCUUAAAUUUAUUAUAAGCUGCUUCAAAGAAAGGGCCUGAAUGUUUGAGUUAUGAGUGAAAUUAUGUGAAAUUUUGAGUUAAACUCUGUGACUUGAUUUUCAGGGUCUUUAAAAUAUAUCUUAAUAUGUUCUUCCUCUUUAUUCAAUAAUUUCUUUCUUACAGUUACACACUCAUAAUAGCCAAAUAUGAGGCACAAAAAUGUUACAAUCAGUUUGAAAGCAGCAACAAUUAAUGGUAGAUUCUAUUCACAUUCCACAACCCAGACGAAAAUUUUUUUCCUGUUACACAGAUGUGCUGAGCACUUUCCAGAUUGCCCCUGUUAGCCAAAAGCAGCCUGUUCCAUCCUGGAAUUCAGCACACUUAAGGCAUUCGAGACAAUUUAUUAAUGAAAAUCUCCUUGGCAGAUCUGACAAAUGUUGGCAAUAUUUUUUAAAAGUUAAAUCGUAUUGCUCUUAUGAAUAAAUGAAAAUAUAAAGGUCAUAGAUGCAAACAAAUGUUACAUAUACACAUUCUGUCUCACCACAUGAAAAGAACAUGCAAAACCAUUUAAUAACCAAAAUAUCAAGUAAAAUCAGUUCCCAAUUGGGCAGCAGCUUUCAAAUGAGUAUCCAAUAUUUGCUUCUGCUGUAACUGCAAGAACUGUAACUGGACCGAAGUAGAGAGUGAAGCCACGUAUAGAACUACAGGAACACUUUUCUGUGUUUCCUCCAUGCCGUCCUGUCACAUCCUCUUACACGUCCUGUCUUGAUUUGAUAGACAAUAUUGGUAUCCUGGGUCUCACUGAGGCCGUGCUAUGUCCUCAGCAGCUGUUCUUUGUUGUUUUGUUGUUAUGUCCACAACAAAAAAUCAUUCCUUAGAAACUUAACCAAGUUUAUCUACAGUGUAAAUUUAUAUUAUUGUUACUACCAGGUCUCAUCUUUUGUCAAUGUCAUUGAAAGAAAUUUCAUGUGAGUUAUUCUCAGUGUGAAUUUUAAGGCUAAUGCCAGACCCUGCAAAAAUCUGUGCUAACCAGGCUGUAGUAUACACUGUUAUAAAGAAUUUUACUUGUGUCUAAAACUACAGUCAUUUUGCUUAGGUAAUUGUGUUUACCUAUGGAGCACAGAAAGGCUCUUAUGUUUUGUUCCUACAAGUUUCUUUGAAUUUUGGAGCAAAUGGAAAUGUCUGUCUGUCUGUCAUCUAUCUGCCCUAUCAUAAAAAUCUUUCUCUCUAACAUUAGAAUACUGAUCCCCGCCCCCAACUUAUCUACCUCUAUUGUCUAACACCUAUAGUAGGUGUGAUCAUGGGAUAAAAUUCAACUGAAAAUGCUAUGAUAACAUUUUAUCUUUUGCUUUAAAAAAUGUGUUUUGUUUUCAAAUAAUCUUUACAUAGUGAACUUUGGUGGCUUUAGUGAUAAUGUUUAUGCCAAUUUCUUUUUUUUUUUUACACAAAUUCCUUGGCAUAUUUUUUCAUAAAGAACAAAAAAUAUAAUCAAAAUUUAUUUUUAAUUCAUGCUUAUUGGGAUUUAAUUAUUCAGAGCUUAAGUAUUUUGUUACGUUUAUACACUGCAAAGCUAUCUGUUUUAUGCAUUUAUUUUGUCUAAACGUAUUUAUGAAAGAAAUACAUUAGAUUAUAUUUAUGUUUACUCAUUUUUCCACCUGGAUUUUUUUUAAUGGUUGUUACAAAAUUUGAUUUUUUAAUGGGUGAUAAUGUUGGUAUUUUCAUGUUUUUUCUUAGUAUUCAAAUUUUUGUGGGUUUUUAAAAAUUCUUCCCUGUUCUGUUAAAAAUUAACACACCUCUAGCUAAUGUUCAGUGUUUGUUUAUGCUAAAUACCAAAUUUUUUCAAAAGGACUGGUUAAGUAAUAAAGUGGAUUAUUUAUGAUGACUGGAAGAUGAAAAUAAUUAUAUGAUUAAACAAAGAAAUGUUUCAGAAAUCACAAAA